AUGCCCAGAGACGAUCUUUCCAUUGACUUUGUCAAGAGCAUGCCUCAAGCCGAGCCGCUUGAUCCCGGCCUGAUUCUUGACGACUGGGUGAACCGCGUCCAGAACCUGCCGGAAGAGAUCCGCUUUAUCCACGAGGAAAUCACCGACAAGGACCGUCAAUACAACGAGUGCAUUCGAAUGAUAGAAGAUCGCGACGGCAAGAUACAAAAGUGGAUCAAGUCCAACGGCAGUCACGAGCCCAACCCGAAAGAAGAUGCGCUACGCGCUCAGAUUCGCGACGGCUUCGCCAAAGCCGACAGACUUGCGCAAGACAAGAUUGCAUUGACUCAGAAGCUUCAAGUCACCAUGGACAAGCACUUACGGAGCAUCGAUAUUCAGAUAAAGCUCUUGUACGACCGCGCCGAGCCUGGCUUCACAGACCCCGACGAAGUGCCUUCGCUGCUGCGUCCCAGCGCCGCCAACCACACCGCGCCGUCUGUCCGGGCCGUUAACCCAUCCGCCAGCAUCACGACCGCAGCACCUCCCGCCGCCGCGCUUGCUGCCCCUCACAGCACCCCGGCAACGACGAGGCUACCAGCGCACCCGAGCAUUCGCCAAGCUCAGGCCCAACAGCCUGGACCGCAACAUGCUGCCUCGGCACCGGCCACGCCUGCGGCCAGCAUGAUUCUCAACCGGCAACGUGAAGGCUCAGCAGGCCCGGCCACCAAGCGCGGCCCCAGAUUGAACACGGCUCUCGCAACUGCGACAACAGCAUCGAGCGGUCUCGCCAGGCACUCGUCGCUGGGCCCGGGGACCCCCAAAUCCGCAGCUGCACCCAGCGCGCCAGCAAGGGCUGGAAGUGCCGGACCUCGAUCGAGCUCCAUCAAAGCAGGCGGCUCCAACGCCGGCAGCCGCCGAGGAACGCCGACUGCAGGCCCACGAAAGAAGGCUCCCAACAAAUCCUCGCUCUCGCGGGUGAAGAAAGCCUCGGCGCGAAAUUCGCCGGCCUCAACCGCAGAUAGUGAUCUGUCAGAGGCAGAAAGUUUGAGCGGGGAUGAAGAAGUCGGUCUUGAAGACCGGCCCAAAGCCAUCCCUACUGCUGAUGGCAAGGACACCAACGCGGCCGAUGUCGCUGUUGAUGGCGACGACGACGAUGAAGAGGGCGGCGAUGACAAGAAGUAUUGCCUGUGCCAUAACGUAAGCUAUGGCGAUAUGGUCGCUUGCGACAACGACAAUUGCCCUUAUGAGUGGUUUCAUUGGUCAUGUGUCGGGUUGAAGAGCGAACCCAAUGGCACUUGGUACUGCCCUGUCUGCACAGAAAAACUCCAGCGCAAAGCUAAAUGA